GUGACGAUGUUUGCCUCGGUCUACCCGUCCGCCCGUCCGUCCAUCCGUCUGUCUGUCCGACCUCGUUCGUGUCUUGCAGGCGCUGGCGUGUCUGGUCUGUUCCAGGGAGAGUAACCGUAGCUGCCGUGAUCUCAAGCAGUGAGUUAAAAAAAAAACAAAAAGAACAAUGGCUGAACAAACCAGGUCGACAAGCUCGUCAUCUCGCAGCUGGGAUUUCUUGCCCAGCGGCGGCUGGCGCGCGGUGUCAAGCUGAAUCAUUCCGAGGCCACAGCCCUCAUCGCCAGCAACCUCCAGGAGCUCAUUCGCGAUGGCAACCACACCGUCGCCGAUCUCAUGGCCCUGGGAGCCACCAUGUUGGGCCGCCGCCAUGUGCUGCCCGAGGUGACGUCGACGCUGCACGAGAUCCAGGUCGAGGGCACCUUUCCCUCGGGCACCUACCUGGUCACCGUCCACAACCCCGUGAGCACCGACGACGGCGACCUGGCCCGCGCCCUCUACGGCAGCUUUCUCCCCGUCCCCAGCGCUGACGCCUUCCCCCUGCCCGAGCCUGCCGCCUACGAGGCCACCCGCCAGCCCGGCGCCGUCGUGUGCGUCAAGGACGUCAAAGUCACCAUCAACGAGGGCCGCCGCCGCAUCCGCCUCCGCGUCACCAGCAAGGGCGACCGCCCCAUCCAGGUCGGCAGCCACUACCACUUUGUCGAGACGAACCCCCAGCUGUCCUUUGACCGCGCCCGCGCCUACGGCUUCCGCCUGGACAUCGCCGCCGGCACCUCGGUCCGCUUCGAGCCCGGCGACACCAAGACCGUGUCCCUGGUCGAGAUCGGCGGCAACCGCGUCAUCCGCGGCGGCAACAACCUGGCCUCGGGCAAAGUCGACCCGGCCCGUGUCGACGACAUCGUGGCCCACCUGCAGCAGGCCGGCUUCGCCCACACCCCCGAGCCCGAGCCCGCCGACCUGGCCCACGCCGCCGUCGCCGAGGCCUUCCGCAUGGACCGCGCUGCCUACGCCACCAUGUUUGGCCCCACCACAGGCGACACAGUGCGCCUAGGCAGCACCGACCUGUGGAUCAAGGUCGAGCGCGACUUCACCGUCUACGGCGACGAGUGCAAGUUCGGCGGCGGCAAGACGCUGCGCGAGGGCAUGGGCCAGGCCACGGGCCGGUCCGACGCCGACACGCUAGACAUGGUCGUGACCAAUGCCCUCAUCCUCGACUGGUCCGGCAUCUACAAGGCCGACAUCGGCGUCAAGGCUGGCGUCAUUGUCGGCAUCGGCAAGGCCGGCAACCCCGACGUCAUGGACGGCGUGACGCCCAACAUGAUCGUCGGCAGUUGCACUGACGUUGUCGCCGGCGAGGGCAAGAUCAUCACCGCCGGCGGCCUCGACACCCACAUACACUUUAUCUGUCCGCAGCAGGCCUUCGAGUCCAUCGCCUCGGGCAUCACGACCAUGCUCGGCGGCGGGACGGGUCCCAGCGCCGGCACAAACGCCACAACCUGCACGCCCGGAGCCCACUACAUGCGCCAGAUGCUCCAGGCGUGCGACCAGCUGCCGCUCAACAUAGGCAUCACGGCCAAGGGCAACGACAGCGACCCGCUGGCGCUCCGCGAGCAGGUCAAGGCCGGAGCCUGCGGGCUGAAGCUGCACGAGGACUGGGGCACGACGCCGGCGGCCAUCGACGCGUGCCUGACCGUGUGCGACGAGCUGGACGUGCAGUGCCUGAUCCACACGGACACGCUCAACGAGUCCGGGUUCGUCGAGUCGACCAUCGCGGCCUUCAAGGGCCGCACCAUCCACACGUACCACACCGAGGGCGCGGGCGGCGGGCACGCGCCCGACAUCAUCAGCGUGGUCGAGCACGCCAACGUGCUCCCGUCGUCGACCAACCCCACGCGCCCCUUCACGCGCAACACGCUCGACGAGCACCUCGACAUGCUCAUGGUGUGCCACCAUCUGAGCAAGAACAUCCCCGAGGACGUGGCGUUCGCCGAGAGCCGCAUCCGUGCUGAGACCAUCGCCGCCGAGGACGUGCUGCACGACCUCGGUGCCAUCAGCAUGAUGAGCAGCGACAGCCAGGCCAUGGGCCGCUGCGGCGAGGUCGUGCUGCGCACCUGGAACACGGCCCACAAGAACAAGCUGCAGCGCGGCCCCUUGCCCGAGGACGCCGGCUCCGGCGCCGACAACUUCCGUGCCAAGCGCUACGUCAGCAAGUACACCAUUAACCCGGCCCUCGCCCAGGGCAUGUCGCACCUCGUCGGCAGCGUCGAGGUCGGCAAGCUGGCCGACCUGGUCGUGUGGGACCCCGCGUGGUUCGGCACAAAGCCGAGCCUGGUCAUCAAGAGCGGGCUGAUCGCCUGGGCGCAGAUGGGCGACCCCAACGCAUCCAUCCCGACCGUGCAGCCGGUCCUAGCGCGGCCCAUGUUCGCGCCGCUGGUCCCCGAGACCAGCGUGCUGUUCGUGUCGCAGGCCAGCGUGGCGUUGGGCACCGUGGCCGGCUACGGCCUACGCAAGCGCGUCGAGCCCGUCCGCGGCUGCCGCGCCGUCGCAAAGUCCGACAUGAAGUUCAACGACUCCAUGCCGCGCAUGCGCGUCGACCCGGAGACGUACAUCGUCGAGGCUGACAGUGUCGUUUGUGCGGCUGAGCCUGCCACCGGACUGCCCCUGACGCAGAGCUGGUUUGUUUAUUAGCUAGGGAGGCUGGCUGUUUGGCACACUGGGAAUCUGUGCUGUCCAUCCCUGGAGGCCGAUUUUAGGGGUCGUGGAGGAUUACUGGAGCAGGAUGGCGCUGUCUCUUGUUUUUAUGCUCUUUUACUUAGUACAUAUUCUAUAUCUAUCUUGGCUAUGUAGGAGGUGCUGAGUUAAUGUGUGUCUGAGGUACGCAGCUGUGGUU